UCGGGCGGGCCCGGCGCGGGGGUUGCUGGGCAGAGGAGCCGCGGUGCGGGCUGCGAGCGGGGCGCGAUGCCGGAGCGCGACAAUGAACCCUUCUCCAACCCGCUGGCCCCGGAUGGCCACGACGUGGACGACGCGCACUCGUUCCACCAAUCCAAGCUGACCAAUGAAGACUUCAGGAAGCUGCUCAUGACCCCGCGGGCUGCGCCAACGUCGGCGCCACCGUCCAAAUCUCGCCACCAUGAGAUGCCCCGGGAGUACAACGAAGAUGAAGAUCCAGCAGCUCGUAGAAGGAAAAAGAAAAGCUACUACGCAAAGCUGCGGCAGCAGGAGAUCGAGCGCGAGAGGGAGUUGGCCGAGAAGUACCGGGAUCGAGCCAAGGAGAGGAGAGAUGGUGUGAACAAGGACUACGAGGAGACAGAGCUGAUCAGCACAACAGCCAACUACAGAGCUGUGGGGCCAACUGCAGAGGCGGAUAAAUCUGCUGCAGAGAAGAGGAGACAGUUGAUCCAGGAGUCCAAGUUCUUGGGUGGUGACAUGGAGCACACUCACUUGGUGAAGGGUCUGGACUUUGCUCUGCUGCAGAAGGUACGGGCUGAGAUUGCCAGCAAGGAGAAGGAAGAGGAGGAAAUGAUGGAGAAGCCCCAGAAGGAAACUAAGAAAGAUGAAGAUCCUGAGAAUAAAAUAGAAUUUAAGACCCGGCUGGGUCGCAACAUCUACCGCAUCCUGUUCAAGAACAAGGCGUACGAGCGGAACGAGCUGUUCCUGCCGGGCAGGAUGGCCUACGUGGUGGAUCUGGACGACGAGUACGCGGACACCGACAUCCCCACCACGCUGAUCCGCAGCAAGGCUGACUGCCCCACCAUGGAGGCACAGACCACGCUGACCACCAAUGACAUUGUCAUCAGCAAGCUGACGCAGAUCCUCUCCUAUCUCAGGCAAGGGACCCGCAACAAGAAGCUCAAGAAGAAAGACAAAGGGAAGCUGGAUGAGAAGAAGCCCCCUGAAGCUGACAUGAACAUCUUUGAAGAUAUCGGGGAUUAUGUUCCCUCCACUGCCAAGAUGCCACGGGAGAAGGAGCGGGAGAGGUACCGGGAGCGGGACAGGGAGCGGGAGCGCGACCGAGAACGGGACAGGGAGCGGGAGAGAGACAGGGAGCGCGACCGGGAGCGGGAGGAGGAGAAGAAGAGGCACAGCUACUUUGAGAAGCCCAAGGCUGAUGAUGAGCCCACAGACAUCGACAAAGGUCCUGGCUCAGCCAAGGAGCUCAUCAAGUCCAUCAACGAGAAGUUUGCUGGAGCUGCUGGCUGGGAAGGAGCAGAGUCUUUGAAGAAGCCAGAAGACAAGAAGCAGCUGGGGGACUUCUUUGGCAUGUCCAACAGCUACGCCGAGUGCUACCCUGCCACAAUGGAUGACAUGGCUGUGGACAGUGAUGAAGAGGUGGACUACAGCAAAAUGGAUCAGGGUAACAAGAAGGGACCUCUGGGCCGCUGGGACUUCGACACCCAGGAGGAGUACAGCGAGUACAUGAACAACAAGGAGGCUCUGCCCAAGGCUGCUUUCCAGUACGGGAUCAAGAUGUCAGAGGGACGCAAAACCCGUCGCUUCAAGGAGACCAACGACAAGGCGGAGCUGGACCGGCAGUGGAAGAAGAUCAGCGCGAUCAUCGAGAAGAGGAAGAAGUUGGAGGCUGAUGGGGUUGAGGUGAAACGGCCCAAGUACUGAUGCCUCCAGUGUCUUGUCCUCCAGCUCCAUCAGGUGCUGCCCUCCCAGAGCUGGCUGCUCUGCCCUCCUGCUCCCUGCAGCCUCCUCUGCUGCCCCCAGCCUGGAGCCCUGGGCUGUGCUGAGGCUCUCCCUCUGCUUCUUGUAUAGCCUGUUGUGUGUAAAUCUUGUAGUGGUAAUAAAAUGACAGGAAAUUUG